UGGCAGCUCAAAGGCAUCUGUAGAGUGGACAGCAUCGCUGGUAGUACAUUCAGAAGCUGGUGGUCUGCUCGUCAAAGUCUUGAAUCAGGCUAUUGUGUUCAAGACCCUCGAUUCCACCGGAGACACAGGGAUGCAUCCCAUCGUUGACCCCGAACAGCUUCUCAGAGACGUUUUCCCUCCUACCGUCGACAUGCAGCCCGCUUACGCCGAAUUCUCUCGCUUCGCUUCCGUAUGGCAGUCGUGCUACCCUGGACUGUCGGCAUACACGUUGUGCAACCCCGUCUUUAGCGCGAAGGGCGACUUGCUCUUCGAGCUUCAGCCGUACACCGACCCCGCUUCUGCCCCUUCUGACUUAGACUUCGGUUCGCCAGGGUCUCCGCUCGGCAAGAUAGGCGGCGGCAGACGGGAUCCCUUCGCGCGGCGGGCAGGCACACCCCGCCCGAGAAUGCUCGGUCGCCCGAACAGCGGUGAGCGACGCCCUUCCCCCUCUGGUCCGUACCGCGGCACUUAUGGCGUAGGCCAAACGAGUGCGGGAUCGCUAUCAGAGGGCCGAGUGAACGGAAAGACUACGUCGGUCCAGGAUCGCGUCCCUACCAGAUCGAUAAGCCCUCCAGCUGUGCGAGCCCCGCGGCCCACACGUCCCACCAUGUUGCAUCACAGCAUAGCUAGUGACAGUCGCCCCUCAACCCCCAGCACUGAGCGGCCGUAAACGUGA